UCCAGGAAGUAGUCUCAGUGAAGGUUCACUUUAGCAUUUAGCUUUCCUCAUAGCUUUGGUGUCAUAUAAGCUACAUAAGUUUAUAUAAGCUACAACAUUCGGAUGCGGUAAAAAUGGACUGGAAAGAAGGCAGUGGGGGUCAUGGUCACAGCCAUGGUAACGAUGGGCAAAGCUGUCAUGGGACGCAUGGUGUACAUAGUGGCCACUCGCAUGGUUUUAUGCCCAAUUUCCCGUUCAUGCAGAGGGGUGAAACCAUACUGGACCCCACACAGCAACCAAAGAAAUACACACACAUUGAAGAUAGCAGCAGCUGGGACAUCGUCAAAGCCACACAGUUUGGCGCGUUUGAUCGGUGUAAAGAGCUGGUCGAGGCAGGUUGCGAUGUUCGACACCCUGAUAAAGAAAAUGUCACUCUACUGCACUGGGCAGCCAUUAAUAACAGAAUAGAUCUCAUCAAGUAUUAUAUAUCUAAAGGUGCAGUUGUGGAUCAGUUGGGUGGAGAUUUAAACUCUACACCACUCCACUGGGCCAUAAGACAGGGCCACUUGCAAACGGUAAUCCAGCUGAUGCGCUACGGUGCCGAUCCGUCUCUUGUGGACGGAGAGGGAUACGCUGGCCUCCAUCUCGCUGUGCUUUUCCAGAACAUGCCUAUAGCGGCAUAUCUGAUGGCCAAGGGUCAGGAAGUGGACGUUUCCGACGCAAACGGACAGACCUCACUGAUGCUGGCUGCUCAGAAAAUUAUUGGGCCAGAACCGACGAACUUCCUGCUGCGGUGUAACGCAUCAGUGAACGCAGUAGAUAAGGUGAACAGGAACUCGCCGCUGCACUGCGCUGUACUUGCUGGUAACGUCGAUGCCGCACACAUCCUGCUGGAGUCUGGAGCCAGUGUGGAGCUGCAGAACGCCAAUGGUCACACACCAAUAGACUUGGCCCACCAGGUGAAUAGUCCUCUGCUGAUUCACAUGCUGAAUGUGGUGAAAAACGACCGCAAUAAAUCAAACACACGUUGUUUGCGAUUCCUCAACAAUUACCAGGCCUUUCUGCAGUGUGUCUUUAGUGUGUGUGUGAUGUGGGCAGUAGGAGCCAUAUUGGACUUAAGUUCCGAGUCCUGGCUGCUAAAAGGGGUUCUACUUGCAUGUUUGUUCGCUAUGAUCAACCUCACCUGCAGACGGGUAGCAAGUGCCACAGUUCAGAGUCUGGUUCCCUCCACCACCCUCAUUGCCUCAGUAUUUUGGAUGCUUGUCACCUGGUGCUUGUGGUUUCUGCCGGAUGGUCCCACUACAGUGGUGCAGAUGAUGUUUCCCCUAACCAUUUUGGCUCUUCUGUAUUAUUACCUGCGCACUUGCAAAACUGACCCUGGGAUUGUCAGGGUGACCGAGGAGGAGAAGAAGAAGAACAUUGUAGUCCUGGCAGAAGCAGGCUGCCUCGACCCCAGGAUCUUCUGCACAUCAUGUAUGAUGAGGAAGCCUAUGAGAGCUCAUCACUGCUUUUCCUGUAACUCCUGUAUCGCUAAGCAGGACCAUCACUCUCUCUGGAUCAAUGGCUGUAUAGGUGCCAGGAAUCAUCACUUCUUUGUUCUGUUUCUCAUGACACUAAACCUUGUGUGUGGCUGGAUGCUGUACAACUGUGUUGUGUACUGGUCACAAAGGUGUGUGAGCAGGGCUUCAGACGGGCUGUGGGAAACGAUCACGGAGCUGUUCACCUGCUCGCCCUGGAUCACUUAUAUCAGCAUCAUCACCCUGUUCCACACGGCCUGGGCCUCGGUCACCCUCGGGCUGCAACUUUACCAGAUUGCAUUUCUUGGACUGACGACUGCAGAAAGAGCGAGUUUGCUACACGGACAGAGGAAACUCCCUCAGGCUUAUUCUCUCAGGCAGAACCCAUUCAACCGGGGUGUGCUGAAGAACCUCGUGAACUUCUUCCAACUGCGCUGCUGCGGAUUGUGCAAGCCUCUCGUGUUGGACUGGACUCAGGAGCUUCCCAUGGGUUUAAACCGAGACCAUCAGAUGUUUAGCAGCCUAGACCCUGUCUGACAUCUCGAACAUCACUGAGCACAUUUGUAUUGUGAUGACGGCCAGAUCACAGACUGCACACGGGCACAUUUUACAUAAUCUGCAUUACUCUCUGAUCUAUCUGACCAAAAAUACAUGUCUGUCUGUGAGGUAUGUGCCAGAGUCUUGCAUAAGUAUUUACACCCUCUUGAACUGUUCCACAUUUUGAUAUGUUGGAUCAAUUCGGGGAUUUUUUUUUUACAUAAAACAAUCCAUAGUGCUAAAACAGCUGGAAUACAGUUUACAGAUAUAUUUACAAAUAAAAAUCACGAGCUGCGAUCACAUACACGUCCAACACACAAAAUACAAGCUGUUGCAUACUGAGGAAUAGAUGUUGCAUACUGGGCCAAGAGCAGACAUUCCACCAGAUUUCAAAGAUUUUCUGGCUAUUUUAUAUAAAUUCAUGACAAAUGAUCCCAAUUUCAGUUCAAUGGGAUCAAAAUACUUAUGGAAGUCAGUGUACAUCACAGAACCUUUAACCAUCUUACGAACAUAGAUCUGUAAAUGUUUACUCUCAUGCAACGAAGGAAGGGAGCAGCUCUUGUCCUUGCCUUCAUUGCAUGAGAGUAAACAUGCAAUGUACAAUGAUAUUUUCUUCUGAGUUCUUUUGUAAACAUAUAGUCAUCCCUUUUUUGUAAAAUAAGUAGGAAAAUAACAGGUUUCUCCUGAGUCAUGUUACUCUUUACUCUGUUAAUUUGUCUUCAUAUUUUAUACGGUUGUUUCACAGCCAGGGAGAAAUGCACUAUCCUGCGGGGCCGAAGGAUUUUCUUUGGAAUAAAAGCAACAUUUUUUUGUUG